GUGCGUGUGUUGUUAAAAGCCCCCACGACAUCCGACAUCCCAUGCCAUACCUCUGGGAGUACUUUAAAGUUUGUGGCUUAAUUAUUUUUUGUUUUUCAAGUGUGUGUACCGGCCACUAAUGAAAUUUGUGUGCAACAAGCGGCGAAUGCAGGCCAACAGCAACAGCAACAACAGAAGCAGAAGCAGUUGAAAGAACAUCCCAAAAUCCCUCUAUAGCAUUUGCAAUAUACAUGCGUCCGUCUAACUGCAAAGCACUUUGCAACGGUCAGCAGCAGCAAGUGGAAGUGGAAGUGGAAGAGGAACAUUCGAAGCACCUGCAACCUGCAUACACUUGAAGCAAAGAAACAGUGGAUGUUAUUGCACCAAAAAGCAUACCUCGGACUAUUUAAUGUUAUAGAACGAUGGCGUCGGCCACAAUCACAACGACGACGGUGACGGCAACAGGUAGCAGCACUAUGCUCGAGCUGGAUCAACAGCGGCAAAGGCCGUUGCGCGGUAUUUCCAUAGUCAUUGAAUCUGCUCAGCCACCAACACCAGCAACGGCAGCAGCAACUACCACAAGUGCAACCGCAAUGAGCAACGACAGCAGCAAAAUAGCUGAAAUGUCGCUCAAGUCUCAGGCUGGCAUGUUGUUGGCAUUUGGCGACAGCAAUAGGACCAACAACAACAAAAACAACAACACCAAUGCUGACCAUGUAACCAAAGAUAAUUUGGAAACAAGUUGCAACACAGAAGCGGCAACAGUAAGAGCAACAGCAACAGCAACAACAACAGUAACCAAAGUGUAUCCACAAUUGCUUGUGCGGAUUGGACAAUCGGAGGACUACGGAGAAAUUUCCACAGCCACAGCCACUGCCCCAGCUUUGGCCACAACCAUUAUCAGCUGUAAUAGCAGCGUGCUGCCAUCCGAGAUCAUAGAUCCAGCUGCAGCUGCAUCUCCACUCGCGGCUGGAGAAAUUAAAGAGAGCGCUCUCCCCAACGACAUUGUAGUCGUUGCUAGUCAGCCAUCAGCCACAGUUGCAGCCACAACAGCAACAGCUCUAGCACCAUCUCUUGAUGCUGCACCGAGUGCAGUGACCGAAACAGUUGGCCAGUGCUCGCCCCAGCACACGGUCAAGAUACAGAUAGCCAACGGGCAGAGCCAGCGUAGGCUGGGAAAGCAGAUCAGUGUGGUGAAGCUGAACGACAGCGAGAUGAUCCUUCAGCAGCAUCAGCCACAGGAAGAGGAGGAACAUCAGCAGCAGCAGCAGCAGCAGCAGCAGCAGCAAACACAGAUUUCAGCGAAUCUAACACAGAAAUCGCUUCAAGCGCUGCCCAGCUAUCAGCUGUGCUAUUUGGUAUCCAGCGGACAGUACUCGCCCAGCGAUACCCUCGACAGUGGAACGGGCAGCGACCUGGAGAGCGUCAAAUCGCCGGGCAGUGAGAUUAUCAAUGUGCCCCAGCUGGAGCUGCACCUGAAGACAACGCGGGUGCGAGUGAAUGAGUCGCCACAGAGCGUGUCCGCCGUGUCCGUGGGCACACAUCAGCGGGCAUACAGCCUGACGGACAGUGAGGAGUGCGACGAGAGCAGCAGCUCCUCCCUGAGCUGCGACUCGCUGCACUCUGGGGAGGCAUUGCCCUCCGGCCUGCUGCCCACCUCACUGCUGAGAGACAUACGCGGUCGGGAACGGGAACGGGAGCGGGAACGGGAAGCAUCACCAUCAGCGGACUCACUGGCGAUACCGACAGCCACAAAAAUUGACGGCCGACCGCUGCAGUAUGAGUCCGAUCAGUUCUACACAUUCCACGUCAACGAGCUGGAUAAUUUCCGCAGCUUCGGGCGCGAGCCAUCAGCAGACACCACAUCCACCUUCUCCUCCUCAUCGUCGCAGGAGUACGAGUCGAAUGGUUUCCCAGAAGAUGGAGAGGAUGCCGGCUUCGCUGGCUACAGGGAUGUGAGAGGCUCGUCGCAGUCCUCCUCCUCCUCCUCCUCCACCAUACGCUCCGCCAAGGGAACGGUCCGCGGUGUCAAGAAUCGUGUGCGCAAUGGAGUAGCCACAUUCUUGCAACUUCAGCAGCCCAGUGUCAAGAACUUCAUGGAGAAAGAUGUGGGCAAGGUGGUUCUGUACACAACCAGCAUGGGCAUCAUACGGGACACGUAUGCCAAGUGCGCCAAUGUCAAGCAGAUUCUGCGCACGCUGCUGAUCAAGUUCGAGGAGCGCGAUGUCUUCAUGAGCGUCGAGUAUCAGCAGGAGAUGAAGGAGCGGAUGCACAACAGGACCAUCCGAGUGCCCCAGCUCUUCGUCGAGGGCCAGCACGUUGGGGAUGCCGACACCGUGGAGCGCUUGAACGAAUGUGGGGAGCUGCGACAACUGCUACGGCCCUACAAGUCCAUCGCAACGGCGUACACGUGCCAGACGUGCGGAGGAUAUCGCCUGCUGCCCUGCCCCUCGUGCAGUGGUUCCAAGAAGUCGGUGCAUCGGAAUCACUUCACCGCCGAGUUUGUGGCUUUGAAGUGCAUGAACUGCGAUGAGGUGGGCCUGGUCAAGUGCCCCAACUGCUGAGCUGAGCUGAGCUGAGCUGCCUGUCAGUCAAUAUCGAAAUAAUUUACUUGUAUUUAUACAAACGUUACCC